ACCAUUAUGAUGCAACCACACUUUACAUAAAUAUUACUAGGGUAGAACUAUUGUUUGUAAGCAGGUAUUGAUAUAAAUCAAUCCGUUGUCUGUCUUUAUGAAUCUUAUCUACACUUUCCUUUCCAUAUUAUUACCUGCACUCACCUACUAUUACUAUAGUAACAAACCAGCCACUACUACUAGUACUCCCGCUAUAUCCGUUGCACCACAGUUUACUACCAAAGUUACACCACAAGUUACAGAAAUGAGUUCAAUCGCCAAAUACAUCAAGAAUCCUACACCCUUCCCAGCUUACUUUUUCAGUCAUGGAGGUCCAACCUUCAUGUAUGAAGACGACGAUUUCGGAAACAAAGGUGCAUGGAGAACCGUCAAGAAGAUCGGAACCAAGAUCAAAAACCAAUGGAAACCAGACUAUAUCAUUGUUGUCAGUGCCCACUGGCAAUCAUCCGGAUCGAACUUGAUUGAAAUCAGCGUUCCUUCUACUGAAGACGGGGAAAACAAGUUGAUUUACGAUUUUGGAGGAUUCCCUAACCACAUGUACAAGGAAGAAUUCCAUACCAAAGGUUCAUGGUUUGUUGCCGAACAAAUCAGACAACAUCUCGAAAAUAACAAGUUCCACAGCAGAAUCUCCAAAGGAAGAGGUAUUGACCAUGGUACUUGGGUUCCUUUUAAAGUCGCAUUCAGUGACUACAACACGCAAACCAAACCUCAACCAGAAGUUAAAGGAUUGGAUUUAGAAGAAACUGCUGUUAUUCAAGUGUCCUUAACUUCGAAUGACAAAGAUUUCGAAACACACUUCAAAUUAGGUCAAGCAUUGAGUAAAUUUAAGAAUGAAUUAUUAUGGGAUGAAUCCAAGAAGAAAUACUUGACUGGGUUAAUUGUCUGUUCCGGUAUGUCUGUCCACAAUUUAUAUGAUCUCGGCAGAGCAUUCCAACAAUAUGGUGGCCUUAUGCCAUACACGAAACCAUUCAACAAGGAAUUGACUAAUUUGGUCGAAAAAUCCUCCAAAGACGAAUUAUUACCAAACUUCUUGGAGUUGAAAAAGAAGGACAUCUUAAGACAAGCUCAUCCUACCUUGGAACAUUUCUUGCCUAUUGUUGUUGCCGGUGGUAUUGCCAACCAAUCAGACGAACCAAUCAAAGAAGUUUACAAUGACGCUUUUGCAAGUUUGGGUUGGGGUAUUUAUCAAGUGGGUAAUUACAAAAAGCCAGAGGCUACUUUAUAAAUUAGAUAUAUAUAUAUUAGUAAUGUACAUAAACAAUCAUGAGAAACUAUUGUUUUAAAAUAUCAGCCAAUGCCUUGGCAACACCAGCUUCAUCUAAUCCUUCUAAGCUGUUCUUAACUUCACGACCCUUUUCGAAUCUAGCAGUUAAAGUUGGUGGAAUACCGUAACUUUCUCUGAUUAAAAUUGGUAAUUUGUAAUCCAGUUGAGUCUUUAAGGUGGCGUAAUUCUUGGUCAAGAAGUUCCUUACAGGUAUUGAAGCUUCUCCGGUUUGUGAUAAAUGGAAUCUUAACUCCUUUAAUGCUGUAGGAAUGACGAAUUUGGACAUGAUGAUGACU